AUGAGCUUUGCUGUUGGAGCACCAACUCCUUCACCAAAUUUUAGCUUCUUUAGUAAUUCCCAAAGCUCUGGUAGCGAAAGAGGCCCCAAUCGAAGGCCCAAGGGAAAUCGGUUCAAGGGCCGCAAUCACCAAAAACAGGUAAAUGCUCCCUCAUCUACAGUCACGAACAUUCACUUACCACCUACUCAAACCAAAAGGACAUCAAGUGCCAUCAUAGUCAAUGAUGUCAUCGCAAAAGUGGAUAACACUGGUAUGCUUACAAGUUUGUCACCUGAAGCGCUUGGGUUCAAACCAAUCUCUCAUGAACCAAGAAGCACCCCAAAGUACCUAAUACAGCAGAGGCCAUGUUUAAGACCUCGCUGCUACGCUCAGGAUUCCUGGGAUCGAGAAAAUCAACAGCAAAUGCUCAAAAAGGAACGCACAAUAGCAGAUGCAACUGAACUUUGGGAAACUUUGAAGAAAAUGCGUGAAGUAGAAAGACGAGUCAUGGAGGAUAAAGAACUAGUAGAUCGGGCUGACUUUGCCAAAGAUCUGAACGACGCUAUUGAAUUCCAAGGAACUUGCCAGGAUAUGUGUCCAAUAUUUGAGCGGGCCCGCAGAAGCGUGGAAAACAACGUAGUCCGUUACGAAAAGGAUGAUGAACGCUCCAGAACCAUUUCCAGACAGAAGGCCUUGAAGGUUUUUGCAAGACCUGCGGCAGCAGCGGCGCCACCGUUACCGUCAGAUGUUAGGCCCCCUCAAGUUUUGGUAAGAACUUUAGACUACAUUGUCGACAACAUACUACCCAAAUUACCGGACUGCGAGGGAUUCUUAUGGGAUCGCAUGCGAUCCAUCAGGCAGGACUUCACGUAUCAAAACUAUAGCGGGCCGGAAGCCAUUGACUGUAAUGAGAGAAUUGUGAGAAUUCACCUUUUGAUUCUGCACGUUACUGCCAGAAGUGACGUUGAGUACAGUUUGCAACAAGAGCUAGAGCAACUCCACAAAGCAUUGAUUACACUCUCUGAAAUCUAUGACGAGGUUCGUGCCAGCGGUGGGCAGGCUCCCAACGAAGCAGAGUUCCGAGCCUAUUCGCUACUAAGUAGAAUCAGAGAUCCAGAAUAUGAUAAGAUGGCCCAAUCGCUUCCCAAACCAAUAUUUGACAACAGUUUAGUGCAAUUGGCCCUUUGCUUUCGAAGAAUAGUGUCCAAUUCCACUUACUCAGAAAGGGGCCACAUAAAGACAGAAAAUGGCUUAAAUCUUUACCAAAGAUUUUUUGAGUUGUUGAAGUCUAAUCGAGUUCCAUUUUUGAUGUCAUCAUUUCUAGAAGUAUAUCUGAAUGAGGUUCGAUUUUACGCUUUAAAAUCAUUAGCACAUGCUCUUAAUAAGAAGCAUAAGCCCGUACCUGUUAGCUUUAUACGGGAACAUUUAAUGUUUAACGACGAGGAUGAGGUGAUAAAGCUGUGCGAACACUAUUCGGUUGAAGUGAGCGCAGAAGGCAUCAAAUUGAGUACUUUGACACAUCACUCACAUAUUAUUCCCGAGGCCACUCCGCUGAAACAAAGCUACUUACGUGUGGUGGAUGGAAAGCUGCUUCAAUCCACACCUCAAGCUCUCAUCAACUCUGGAAAACCUAAUGUUGAUACUAUACCUUCUGGAGAUAGUAGCGAACAACCACAAACCCAAUUUAAUGAAAAUUAUAGAUCCACAGCACGAGAAGAGGUAUCGGAAAGUCCUUCAAACAGUUCGAAAUCCAUUCAACACCUGAGUCAAGUUUCGAAGCUUGAGACUUCGCCGAAGGUUGACUUCGCCAAUAUGACAGACAAUCUAGCCCGCAAUGUAGAGGCCACAAAACAAUCAAAAGAAGAUAACAAAGAAACAAAUCAAAAUGCCAAGGUUGAGAAAGCAUACGAAACUAAUAUACAGGAAAAAAUUGACGAACAGAGAAGAAUAAAAGAAACUAGAGAAAGGGAGAUAUUUGUCAAAGAACCCGCAGAUGUUAGCGGAACGGAUGCCAAUUUAGAGAAGGCAGAUGAUAAAAUUAAAGAGCGAAUUGAGGCAUCCAAAUGGGUUGCAGAUAAAAUCAUACGGAACGUGGUACACGAGCAGACAUCUCUAAUUGCAAAAGAGCAGUUACGAAAGCGCUCCCGGAAGGUAGAACAGCUUCAGCAAUUAACAAACGAGCUUUACCAGGCGUUUCUCCACGAGAAACUAUAUCUCACUGCUUUACAAACACAAGCCGAGAUUGCUCAUGAUACGACUUGUUUAAGGCAUGGGUGGAAGCUGUGGAGAGGUGGUUGCACCAGAAGAAGAGACCAACUGGAAAAGAAAAGGUUGCACAUGGAAGAAAUCGCCAAAGUGAGCAGGCAGUUAGGUGUUCCUGACUUCAAGAGACUCAAGGUAGACGCUACUCCUACUUCAAACUUCUCAUUUAUCAUGCCUUUAUCGUCACAGAGGGAUAUUGUCCAUACCCCGGUCACCAAUGAGAAAAGUCAUUUCAAGACACCAUUACGCAAAAACCCUGCGGUAUGGGAAGUCUUAGAUUUAGAGAAACUAUACCUCGAGCCGAUUGUAAACAAUGCAUGCCGUACGGUUUCUGAGAAGGCUAAACAAUCCAAAGAAGCCCUCAAGUUUAACAUUUCCUUAUAUGCCCGGAAUUGGGACAGUAUCUCUGCUCGCUGGCUUCUGAGCAAAUUCGGUCUUCAAAAUUCUACUAGUCGCAGCUUGCUCUCCAAAAGGCAAGGUCUGUCUUUAGAAAUCAGACACGUCGCCCAUGAAUUUUCACCCAAGGAUUUUGAGAGUUUGCAACUCUUGGUUUUUAACAGCGGGGUCACGGAGAAUGAUAUUUUCGAUCUUGAAAUGAAGCUAAAGCAAGACGGUGAAAAAUUGAUUGAACUAGCCCAUGGCGUGGCCUUGAAUACCAAUUACAGAUUCUCCAUCAUGGUCGUUUAUUGGGAGUCUACAGAAAAUCCACUUACAUCUGAAGAAAUAUCUAGAGCACUUAAGCUGACGAAAAUGUCUAAAAUUUUUGCAUCGGCAUUGGAGACCGUGGAGGUCAUCAAGCUCACUGGCGAUGACCCUCAUGUCGCCUUGCAAAGAAACCUUUCGAAAAUUGCGAAGUGUUGUAGCUUGAACUUAACUGAGCGGGGGAUAUACAAUGCUUCACUCAGAAACAGGAACUCGCAGGCGAGCUCCGUAACGUCCAUUAGGUAUCAAAGUUCGCGAGAAUUAGACUCCAAGUUACGCAGGGCCCUGGAACAAGAGACUCGCAAAUACGAACAGGAACGCAACAAACCUACCAACACGUAUGCAUACCUGCAAUCGCAUGUUGCAGCCUCGCCGCGUGUGCGUAAACGCAAGCUGCCUGUGUUGUUGUCGGAUUCUCACAGGAACAAAUUCAAGACUCCUCUGGCGGUCCGGCCAUUCAUUAAACGCAGCACUUCUGGUUCUUCUUCCUCAAUUCCCACAUCCGAACCCUCACAUUUGGCUGUCAAGGUCCGUCUCGACGGCCACUUCACUCUUGCAGACCCUGGCGUGUCCUGGACCACUCCAUUGCCUUCACGAACUAAACACGAACCCAUGUCGGCCAGUCGUUUAGCCACGUGCAACACCAGUGGGAUUUCAAACGUAACUUUCGAAUCCCCCAUUUCAACCCCUUCUGAAAGACUUUUGCCAGCGAAUGCCGCCUCCACUUCGACUACCACUGACCAGCAAGAGACGUCUGAUAGUGUUCUCGAGCUCAAGCAUCUCAUCGCAUCCGUGAAAAAAAGCCUAAACAAAUACUGA